AUGGACACCACGCUGCCGCAGACCAUCGUCAGCAACCUCGCCAGCUACGCAAGCUACCUCAACGUGACGUCCGCGCACCUCUUGGACCUCUCGACUGCAUCGCCCGAUGAGGUCCCGCUCCGGUACGGCGUCUUUGCGACGCUGGUUGUCCUCGGCCUCCUCCUCGGCACGCGCGGGCACCAAGUGCCGCGGCUCCUCAUUGGCGCGCUCAUGAUUCCGGUGGGCCUUGCUGGCCGCCCGGUGGAGCUCCUCGGGUGCUCGGAGCUGGUCUGCGUCGAGAGCCUCGGGUUUGGCCUUCUCGUCGGUGCACUCUUUGCCGCGCGACCGGCCUGGGCCAUCCGCCUCGUGUACUGGGCCGUCAUGGCGCGGACGUUUGGCCGCGUCCUUGGUGGCUUGCCGCACAAGGAGCUGAUUGCACCGGGCGUGGCACUCAUUGUUGCGACCCUCGUGCUCGAGUUUAAGGACUCGACCGUGCGCGCCGUGGCGAUGGUGCUCUCUUCGAUCCUCGGCGCCCUCCUUGUCGUGAGCGUCUCGACGGUCGUCAUCGGUCCCGUGACGCUCGUUGUCUACGGCGUCAUGGCCAUGUGGUUCUACCGCAUCCAGCGUGAGCACAUCGCCAAGCUCACGCCCAAGUCCAAGCAAGACUAG